AUGGCGCUUGUCUCGCAACCUCCACCGGAAUUGCUCAUUAUUGUGUUCAUUCAUGGGUUCAAGGGAACGGACUCAACGUUCGGCCCGUUCCCCGAGCGCUUGCGCCAUGUCCUUGGGGAGACAAUAGAUAACGUGAUUGUCGAGUCGAUCGUCUUCCCGGCAUACGAAACCAAGGGAGAACUGGACGCCGCGGUCGGGCGAUUCGCCGACUGGCUUGUCACACUCACAGUCGAGCGCGAAGUAGCUCAUGGCUCAGGUGGCGGCGCGGGAAGGGCUAAAAUCGUCCUGUGUGGUCAUAGUAUGGGCGGUUUGUUGGCAGCAGAUACCUUGAUUCAGAUGGUCAACUCCAGACCGGAUAUGAAAGCCCCUCUUUGGCCACGUAUAAUUGCGCUACUCGCCUUUGAUACGCCGUAUCUGGGUCUCCAUCCAUUCGUGUUCCGUAACAGCGCAAGUAAAGCUACCCAAUAUGUUCAGACCGCACGGGAUAUUCUCUCCUUCGCCUCCUCCUUCAAGACAGGAAAUCCCGGUGUUUCAGCGCCCGUGCCCACAGCUGCGCCUGCCGGCGUUCUUCCUGCGCCCCGGCAAGCGGCUGGCUGGUCAAAGUGGGCGCUUCCGGCCGCGUAUGCUGUUGGCGGAACAGUACUAGCCGGUGCAGCAGCCGGAGCGGCGUACAUGCGCAAGGAUGACAUUGGACAGGGCUACGCCUGGGCAGCAGAUCACAUGAAAUACGUGGGAAAUCUAUGGCAAGAGGACAAGCUACGAGCAAGAAUGGAAGAAAUAUUGAAGAUCGAGCAAGAGCUGGGCGUCGUAUUCAGGACAUGGUAUACUCUGCUCCCUCCCUUGCCAUCGCAUGACACUCCGCGCACAUUUAUCGUCCUGCCGAAACCCCCUCCUGUGCUCAAGGAGGCUCACGCACCUGCUUCGACCAGCGCAGGCGAUUCUGCACUCGCUGCCGAGGCCCAUAAGCACUUCGUGCCGGCCAAGAAUAGCUUGGCAGAAGACGAAGUGCAGGCCCACACUAGCAUGUUCGAGGCGAAAACGAAUGACGGCUACUAUGAGCUAGGAUUGCAGACAGCGAAGGUCAUCCGAGAGGCACUCAUGGCUACGAGAGGGCAAGUAUCCAGUCUUGGGGGAAUGGUCGUGGAGGACCAAGACUAUCGCGCAGAGAAAGAGCGGGACAGGAACGCUGGCAUGAAGUUGCAAGAGAGCAUGGGUGACGACAUGAUGGGGCAGACGCGAGAUGACAGUCAAGGCACCACAAGAGACAUCGACAGUACCGCGUCAGCUUCGCAAUCGGGAGUCAGGGCUGUUAGCGACGGGGGAGCCAGUGCUUCCGGCCAACAUGAUAUUCACACGUCCCGGGAGUUCAGUGAACAUGGGAACUUUCCCCCAGACAACAAUAGCGAUGAGAUACAAAGCAGGUAG